AUGUCAACAAAAGUUGUCAAAAUACACAAGAAUAAAAGGGUAGUCUCUGUUUGCAAUUCAUGUAAAGAAAAAAAAUUAAAAUGUGAUAAAGCAAGACCUAGUUGUUCAAGAUGUCUUAAAUCUAAAAAAACAUGUGUAUAUCCCUUUACCAUGUACAACACUACAAUAAUAACUCCACCUGAAGAAAUAUCUAGAUCUAGUACUUCUAGUCAGACUGAUAAGGUUUCAUUGUCGCUCCAAACGGGACUAUUUGAAGAACAGAUAUCGCCUGUAGGGUUUAUUGAGGAAAGAAGUGGGGCUAUAAGGUCGCCAAGUUCUAGUGAAACAAGUAAUUAUGUGUCAUCAAGGGAUAGUUAUUGGAAACAUCGUGCUUUAAGUAAACGUACAAUGGCUGAUAUGUUAUAUAAAAAAGAAAAUGAACAGAAAAAUGGCAAUACAAUAUCAUUGGAAUUAUGGAACCCAAACAAAUUAAUAGUCUCCUAUGGCUCAACAACAUAUUACGACUUUGCGCUUGGCUCUCACGGUUUAAUACAAUAUGAUCCUUACACAAGGCUACUAUGUGGAGCUUUACAUGGAAAUACUGUGACUGAACUGCAGUCAAAACUGACGUGUAUAUCUAAUGAUUCUACAGAAACUUCAAGUAGCGAAAAUAAAAAGAAAAAAUUGGGCCCCUUAAAUUUUUUGGAACAAGCUAUUAUUAAAUGGGUUAAGAUGACUAAUGAAUAUGUAAAAAAUCAGUUGCCACUAGAUUAUUUCAACACAACUUAUACAAUUGAGGAUACUAUGCAUCCUAAUCUACUUUCAUCAAUUCAAAUGAUUAUUAGAGAGAUCGAAAUUAUCAUGAUAGACAAAGAGCAUAUUAAUUAUUAUUUAAGGUUGUUUUAUGAAAAUAUAUAUCCAUAUUACCCUUUAAUAGAGAUUCCAUUAUUUGAAAAAAAGUUGAAGGACAUUUUAGUUGAGAAUCAUAGUAACCAUUAUGAAUUUAACGUAUUUCACCAAAAUAUUAGAAUUAAACUCGAGACAUUAGUUAUGUUCUUACUAAUUUUAUCUAUUUCUCUUAGAUCUACUUUAAUCAAAUCAACUAGGUCCUUAUCUAAUUCUGGUAUGAUACAGAUGUUAGAUAAAAAGAAUGCUAGUGAUAUUGCCACACAAUUAAUAGUGUUUGCACAAAAAUUGUUAUCUUUGUUGAAUGGUUUCAAAUUCACUAAUGAGAAUAUAUUAUGUUGUACAAUCUAUCUAUUCAUUGCAGAACAUUUGCAUGCAGGAAAUAGAGCGAUUCAUGUCACACAUGAUGAAGUUUUAACUUUAAAUUGUAUUUCAAAUCUUGCAAAUACAUUAGGACUGUAUAAUGAUCCAGGUCAAUUUGAGAGAUUUAAAAACAGCGUUAAUUUUGAGCCUCUUACUAUUUUAUUCAAGAGAAAAUUGUGGAUAUUACUUCAAUCUAUUAAAUUACAAACAUGUACCCUGGAUGGCAGCUUUAAUGAAGUUGAUUUGAAACAUUUAGAAUGGUUUAAACUCCCUAGUGAUGGAAUAUCAGCACACUUAAAUGGCAGAUUUAAAGAAUCUACUUUGGUUGAUUUCAAAUUGUUCACUAUACAAGAAGAUAUUUAUGAGUUUCAUAUACUACUUGGUAAAGUAAUGUCGUCAAUUUCAACAACAAGCCAGAUUCAGUAUCUUGAUAACAUUACAGAACAUAUAGAAAGAUUAUUAUCAUUUAUGGACAAUAAAUUUUCUUUAGACGCUCUAACUAGUAUAAAAACUAAUAGUUUUACUAUACAAGAAGAAUCCUGGAGACAAGCUGUUAUGAAUUUAGAUGCUGUGAAAAAUUUAUACAUUGUGCAAAUGAACAUUAUUGGAAAAUCAAGUGUGGUAAGUAUUUAUUCUUUAUUGUUUUUCUAUUUUGAACAAAAAUGUAUAUCUGAGAAAGAAGAUCCUAAAUGGAUAGAAUUGUAUGAAUUAUAUAUGAUUAAAAGUUUUGAACUGUUCUUGGAUUUGACUUCGUUGACAAUCAAUUAUUUAAAUGGCUCAUAUUCAGAAUUCAUUUUGAGCUCUCAUCAAUUUUGCCUAAAUAAAAUAAUAAUUUUCACAUUAAUUAAGAUAUGGAGAACGUUAUUAAGUUUUGCUUUAAGGUUAAGUUACAAAAGAGAGAUGCUGAAAAGAUCAAAAUAUGAUGUGAUUAAUCAUGAAUUAGAAUUAGUCAAUAGAUGUUUGCAUAGGUUGGUUGAUAUUUUAGCGAAAACCGUAGAUUUUACAUCCGUUGAACUUGAGGAUGACUACAUUGGUGCAGAUCAAGCUUUACAGAUGAUUAGAUAUAUAUAUUAUAUUAUCCAAGAAGAUGUAACCGAAAUGAUUAAUAAUUUCUGGAAUAAAAUCUGGAAUACCAGUAGCAUUCCGGAACGAAUUGUUGAAAUAAUCAACAUUAAAUGGGGUGUUGGACCAAAGAAUACGGACUUAGUUAAAGAAUAUUUGGCUAAUGAAGAAGUUUUGGGAAAUAUUAUUCCCAAUUUAUUAGAAAAAUUAAACCAACUCAUUGAUGAUUCAGCUUUUACAUUUCCUACUUUUCCAGUAUCUACAUCAGAUGACCAAGUUUCAAAGUUGAUAGAAUACCCUGAUACAGAUACUCCAGAUAUUUUAAAUUCGCUUUUAGAAGCCAACUUUGAAUUGUUUACAAAUAUGAUCAAUGAUAGCAUGGGAGAACUUCCAGCUCUACAGUAA